AUGAGGAAAGAACCUCCACAAGGAGAAGAGCUGGCCGUUGUUGCACCUCAUUGCUACUGUGGGAGGCUUGCUCGGCUGCAGACUUCUUGGACAGAGUCCAACCCACUUAGGAGGUUCUUUGUGUGUCCAAAAUCAGAGAGGGGGAAAAACGGUUGUGGGUUUUUUGUAUGGGUUGAUAUUGAAAUGCCUCGCCGUGAGAGAGCUCUGAUGGCUUGGCUGCUUAGGACAAAGAGAGAAGUUGAAGAUCAAAUUGUUGUAAAGGCCGAGACGAAUUUGGUACUUGGGACUGGGAGGCUUGUUCAAAUAGAGCAACUUCAUACGCUUUUUCAAACUGAGAAGCUUGAGAGGCUUGUUGAAACUGAGAUGCUUGAGAGGCUUGUUCAAACUAAGAUGGUUGAGUUGGUUGGUGAGAUGGUUGAGGAGCUUGGUUAG